AGAGACGAUAUAGAUUACGAAGAUGAUGAAGAAGCAUUUUAUAAAUUAAGACAAAAGCAAAAACAACAACCAACUAUUCAACAACAGCAGCACCAACAACAAUCAGAGGAUGAUUUUGAUUAUUCAUCAUUAGACGAUAAACGAAAAAAGAUUAUUGAACCAUUACCACCAAUUGAUCAUUCAAAAGAAAAGUAUAUAGAGUUUAAUAAAUAUUUUUAUGAUGAACACGAAGAAAUUACAAAUUUAACAGAGGAAAAAUUGUUUGAACUUAGAAAAGAAUUGGAUAUUAGAAUUCAAGGGAGUGAUUUAGUCAAUCCAGUAACCUCAUUUGGUCAUUAUGGUUUUGAAAAUUUACUGCUUCAAGCGAUAUCAAAACAAAAUAUCGAUACCCCUACACCAAUUCAAAAACAAGCCAUUCCAAUCGCGUUAUCUGGUCGUGAUUUAAUUGCAAUUGCUAAAACUGGUUCAGGUAAAACUGCUACAUUCAUCUGGCCCUCAAUUCCCCAUAUUAUGGAUCAACCCUAUUUAGAAAAAGGAGAUGGACCAAUAGCGUUAUUUUUAGCACCAACACGUGAAUUGGCUCAACAAAUUUAUUUAGAAACUUUAAAAUACUCAAAAUAUUUUAAAUUAAGAACAACUGUUUUAUAUGGUGGUGUAUCAAAACAACAACAAUGUAAAGAAUUAAAAGCAGGAUGUGAAAUUGUAGUUUCGACACCAGGUAGAUUAAUAGAUAUGAUUAAAUUAAAAGCAACAAAACUUAACCGUGUAACUUAUUUAGUAUUAGAUGAAGCAGAUAAAAUGUUUGAUUUUGGAUUUGGACCACAAGUUUUAUCUAUUGUAAACCAUGUUAGACCAGAUAGACAAACACUAUUAUUCUCUGCUACUUUUAAACAAAAUGUUGAAGAUUUUGCAAGAUCCAUAUUAACAGACCCAAUUAAAAUAUCGAUCGGUCAAGCUGGUAGUGCAAAUUCAGAUAUCACACAAAUUGUUCAAGUACUAAAAUCAGAAAGCGAAAAGUGGAGUUGGUUAAUAGAUAAUUUACCAAAUUUGUUAAAUCAAGGUAGUGUUUUAAUAUUUGUUUCAAUGAAAGCCUCUGUCGAAGAGUUAUCUAAAAACUUGACCAAUUUUGGUUUUAAAACUUGUUCAAUUCAUGGUGAUAAGAAUCAAUAUGAACGUUCCCAAACAAUUCAAACCUUUAAAGAGGGUAAAGUAAAUAUUUUGAUUGCUACCGAUGUCGCAGCUAGAGGUUUGGAUAUACCUUUAAUUAAAAAUGUUAUCAAUUUUGACCCAUCUAGAGAUAUAGAAUCUCAUACCCAUAGAAUUGGCAGAACAGGAAGAGCUGGUGCUAAAGGCGAUGCAUACACCCUCAUCACACCAAAAGAUGUUAACUUUGCUGCUGAUUUAGUUAAAAAUUUAGAAGGGGCAAAUCAAUAUGUUUCAUCUGAUUUAAUUCAAAUAGCUUUGAAUAACUCAACUUUUAGAAGAGAAAGAAGUGGCUUUAAUAGUAAUAGGGGUAAUAGAGGUGGUAGAGGUGGCAGAGGUUUUAGAAGAAAUAGUAGAGGUGGUUUUAAUAAUGGUAAUAAUAGAAGUGAUAGCAAUAAUCAACCAAGUAAUAGAGAUAAUUAUAGAGAUAAUAACAAUAAUAUAGGAAAU